CCUUCUUCCGGGAAGGCGGGCGGCGGCUAAUCCGGGAAUUCCAGGCCAGAAUUCCGGGAAGUGGCCCGCUCACUGGGAGCUCUCCGCCGAGCGAUUUCCCGGCCUCCCCCAAGCUGGCCUGGCCGGGGCACCCUCACUGAGGCCUCGGGAAGCCCGCCGGCGGGGGGCCCAGACUCCUAGUCCAGCACAGCGCCCGCCCCGCCCCCCCUUGGGGGCCUCUCGAGCGCCGAAGGGAAUCGGGUGCCCGAGGCCAGGGGCCAGCCUCGCCUCUUCUCCGCCCCUCCCGCCCGCUGUGGGCGCCGAGUUCGAGUUCCCUCACCGAGCCCCGCCCGAGCCCCUCCCCGGGGCUGGGUCCAGAGCAAGGGCGGGUCGAACCGCUAAAUAAAGCGGGAGCCCCGUCCGGGCAGGCCCCACGUCGGCUCCUCUUCUCGACCAUGAUUCCGCUCCUCCUGCCGCUGCUGCUGUGCUGGCCGGCGCUCGGGGCUGCUCUCCCGGCGCUGCUGGAGCCCCCGCCCCCGCCCCCCUCAUCGCCCUGCCUGCAGCCCCGGGACGACGGGUCGUGCCAAGGGCUCGAACCCCACCUCCAGUACGCCCUCCGCCUGCAGAAGUGCCUCUCCUUACUCUUCAGGGGCUGCGAAGGCAAAGCCAACAACUUCGACUCGGUGGAGGCCUGCGAGCGGGAGUGCGGCUGGAUCUCCAGGCGGAAUCAGCAGCUGCCCGCGACCAGCCGGGAACCAGAGAAGCUCCGGCAGCCCAGCGGAAACCGAGGCACCAGCGACAGGCUCGACGGGGCGGCUGCCGGUUCUUCCCUUCAGAAACGGCUGCUUGAUGUGGCACAGUCUAUCCUCGAGCACCUUGCGGAGCUGAGGGCCCCAGAGCCGCCCUCCCAGAGGACCCGGAGGACGAGGGGAGGCCAGGGGGGCCUGCCGGACAGCUGGGGGAGCAUCUCCAGAGCCUCCCACCCCCUUGACGCCGCCCUUCGGCUUCCUCCUCGUGACCCGCAGCCGCCGAGGACCUACGGGGGAGGCGGGAGAUCCUCCGGGCCCCAGAAGUCGCUCCACACCGGGGCAGGCUCGAAGCCCCGCCGCACCUGGUCCGCACCGAGGAGAGCAGGGUUCCGGCGGGGCAGGAGAGACACCAGCGCCCACGGCCGGGGCGGGGCCCGUCCAUGAGGCCCCGAGUGCGGAAGGCGCUCCGGGGCUGCCGCGAGGCUCCUCGGCUGUGUCCCCCGCAGCCCCGCCAGCUUGUCACCCCCAGGCAAUAAAGCGCUUGUUUUCAGGA